AUGGGAACAGAAAUCGAACGACGAAUCUCGCGCCAUCUUCCGGAAGAAAUAAUCGAAGAAAUAUUACACAGGUUGCCAUCCAAAUCCCUUUUGAGAUUCAAGUGCGUUUCGAAACAAUGGCGUUCUUUCAUCUCCAGCAAACAAUUCAUCAAACGCCACCUCAAUAAAUCGAACAUCGAUACAGAUCUCGCAAAUCGAAGGCUAGUGUCGAGCUUCCGUCGAUCCCCGGACAUCGUCGGAUUCAUGUCUUUAUUCCGCGGUCCGAACACCACACUCGACCCGCGUUAUCUCCGGUCGUUACUCAACGAUGACAUCAUCGCAACUCUCGACAGCGAGCAUUCUUGCAUGGGAGAUUCGACGCACGAGGUUCGUAUCGUGGGAUCAUGCAACGGGCUAGUACUCAUCACCAUCGAGAAUGAUCACAAUUUAUAUCUAUGGAACCCUUGUACUAGAGAGAUCAAGAAAAUUCGUUACCCGCGUUUAGCUUUCAAAAAAGUAUACGGUUUGGGGUACGACGAGUGCGCAGACGAUUACAAGGUCGUCUGCAUUUUCUUCACCACUCGGAGGACGUCCUCUCAGACGGAGGUUUAUAGUUUGAAGGCCGAUUCUUGGAAGAAAAUCGAGCAUUUCGACAAGGGUUCUAAUUAUCCCCCGAUGUGCAAAUCGGGCAUGCUUGUGAAUGGAAGAUUGCAUUGGCUUAUGGGAAACGAUGACGACGAUCUUGUUAUUAUUUCUCUUGAUUUAGUGGGGGAGAAAUAUGAAAUUGUGGCUGGGCCGGAAAACGUUACGGAAAAUAUUUGUUUUGGAUCGGUUCUGAAUAAUUUGGGAGGAUACCUAUGUUUAAUUACUACUUCUAGUGUUACAGGUCAUCAAAGUGUUUGGGUUAUGAUCGAGUACGGUCAGACGGAAUCUUGGACUAAGAUUUGGACAUGUUCGAAUUCUGAUGAUUCAAUGAAGAUGUGGCCUUUGAAGAAACACGGAAUUUAUAAUGGAAAAAAUGUGUGGUGUAAAAAUAUGGGGUGUGUACGCAGAGUUUAUAUGGUUGAUGCUACAACUGAGCCCAUUUGCUAUGUUGAAAGCUUAGUUUCACCAUUUGGCGACAAACAGCUUCGCCGAUGAUCGUCACUUCUUGUU